AUGCCGAUACAAACUUCCAUUACCACAUGGGCAUUUGAAGGGAGUGCCAGUGUUUUCAAACUUGAAAAAAUAGUCCAGUCACAAAUACGAUACUUAAUCCAUACUGACAACGAAUAUUUGGAUAGGAAACUCGACGGAAGUUGUCAGUGUGGUGGCGUCGAAUUCAGCCUCCAGUCGCAAACACCAGUUCCCUACCAACUAUGCGCCUGUAGCAUCUGCCGCAAAGUAGGCGGAUACAUGGGUGCCGUGAAUCUAGGCGGCAUUGCUGACAGUCUGAAAGUGCUCAAGGGCAAAGAUCUUAUCAAAAAGUACCGCGCGAUCAAGGACCGCGGAACCCCAAAUGAGGAACUAUGCUCCUCUGAACGCAAUUUCUGCUCUAAUUGCAGUACCAUGCUCUGGCUAUGGGAUCACCACUGGCCGGAACUGAUCCAUCCAUUUGCAUCGGCUAUUGAUACCGAGCUGCCUACUCCGGAUGAAAUGAUUUGUGUUAUGGCUGGGUCGAAACCUGCAUGGGCUCGAUGGCCCGAGGGGAAGAAGAGUGUGUAUGAGACUUAUAAUGGUGAUGUUAGUAUUGAGGGGUGGCAUAAGCAGCAUGGUCUGUUUGUUGAGUGA